AUGUUAGCGCACUGGGACCUUCUUCAUUUCACUUCUUUUUUGUCUUGCGGAAGACUAAAAUCCAUUCGGCAUUGCAUUCUGUGGUCUGCCACAUCGUUCAACGGAAUGUCUAAGAAGAAUGGAUAUAUUAAACACCCCUUGAAAUCAGUUUGGUUAUAUAUUUCCUCUCUUUGGUUUGGAUCUAUAUCAAUGAUGAUGGCUGGAAGGGAACAAAAGUUAGAAUCUCUUGCACAUCUCAUGAAGGUCAUAUCUCAUGGGCUUAUAAUAUACAGAGCAUCAAAGGGGUAUCAUAUACAUUUAACGUAG